AUGUCUUCUCAAAUCCUCUAUGUCUUCCUCAACACUUGGACCAUACUAAUCAUAGCAAUCCUCAGCUCAAACUCAGUUUCAGGCACCACAGAGUUCAUCUUCAACACCAACUUCAACUCCACCAGCCUCAGUCUCUAUGGAAACGCCACAAUCCAAUCCUCCAUUCUCAGCCUCACAAAUGACACCACCACCUUCUCUUUGGGACGCGCCUUGUACCCUAAAAAAAUCCCCACAAAACCCUCCAACUCUUCAAGUUCAACCCCGCUUCCCUUCUCAACCUCUUUCAUUUUCUCACUUGCACCCUUCAAAAACCUCCUUCCUGGCCAUGGUUUUGCCUUUGUCUUCUUACCCUUGCCGGGUCUAGCCGGUGCAAGCUCAGCUCAGCAUUUGGGUGCUUUCAACUUCACCAAUAAUGGUGACCCCAAUAACCAUAUUUUUGGUGUUGAAUUUGAUGUGUUCAAAAACCAGGAAUUCCAGGAUCCUGAUGAUAACCAUGUUGGUGUGGACUUGAACUCACUUACAUCUAAUGCUUCAUACACUGCAGGGUAUUGGAGUGGUGAGUUUGAUGAGGAUUUCAAUGAGUUGAAGCUUAACAAUGGGGUUAAUUAUCAAGUCUGGAUUGAUUUUUUGGAUUCAAAAAUUAAUGUCACCAUGGCUCUUGCUGGUGUGACAAAGCCUAGGAAGCCGUUGAUAAGCAAGGUUGUGGAUCUUUCUGGGGUUCUUUUGGAUGAAAUGUAUGUGGGGUUUUGUGGAACAACUGGAGCAUUGGUUGAGAGCCAUAGGAUAUUGGCUUGGAGUUUUAGUAAUUCAAAUUUUUCGAUUGGUGACGGUUUGGUGACUCAGAAUUUGCCUUCGUUUGUGGCUUCAGGGGACUCUGCUUUUGGAUCAAAAGGGUUCAUUGUGGGGGUUAGUGCUGGGGGUGUGCUGGUUGUUUGGUGUGUGGUCUUGGUGUAUGUGAUUUUGGUGAGGAGGAAGGGGAAAAAAGGGGAGGAGAUGGAGGAAAUUGAAGAUUGGGAAAUGCAUUAUUGGCCUCACCGGAUUGAUUACGAAGAGAUUAGAAAAGCAACGGAGGGAUUUGCAGAGAAAAAUGUGAUUGGGAUUGGAGGGAAUGGGAAGGUCUAUAAAGGGCUUUUAGCAGGAGUAGAAGUUGCAGUUAAAAGAAUUUCACAUGAGAGUGAACAUGGGUUGAAAGAGUUCUUGGCUGAGGUUUCAAGCUUGGGAAGAUUGAAGCAUAGGAAUUUGGUAGGAUUGAGAGGUUGGUGUAAAAAAGAGAAGGGUAGCCUGAUCUUGGUUUAUGAUUACAUGGAAAAUGGGAGCUUGGACAAGAGGCUGUUUGAGAGCAAUAUGUUGAGUUGGGAAGAGAGAAUUAAGGUAUUGAAGGAUGUGGCUUCUGGGAUAUUGUAUUUGCAUGAGGGUUGGGAAUCUAAGGUUUUGCAUAGAGACAUCAAGGCAAGCAACGUGCUACUUGACAAGGAUAUGAAUGCAAGGUUGGGGGAUUUCGGAUUGGCUCGAAUGCACCAACAUGGGGAAAUGACCGCCACCACUCAAGUCGUUGGGACCGCAGGGUACAUGGCACCAGAAGUGGUUCGAACCGGGCGAGCCUCACCACAGGUUGAUGUAUUUGGUUUUGGGAUACUAGUACUGGAGGUGGUGUGUGGCCGCAGACCUAUUGAAACCGGGCAGCCAGGCUUGGUUGAUUGGGUUUGGAGGCUAAUGGAGAGGAGUAAAUUGGCCUUUGCUCUUGAUGAGAGGCUGAAGACUAAAGGUGGAUAUAGCAUUGAGGAAGUUGAGAGAUUGCUUCAUUUGGGUUUGCUUUGUGCAUAUCCUGAAGCUCAUGGAAGGCCAACAAUGAGGCAAGUUAUGAAGGUGCUUGAAGGGGCAAGUGAUGCCAUUGAUGAUCAAUCUGAAGGGGAAGGGAUGAAUGUAAAUUUGCUGCACAAAAUUAGAACAACUCCAAUGUGGUCUGCUUAUCGCUGGAACAUGGGAGGACAGGGACACCCUACAUUUGAAGACAUGAAAAAUUCUUCUUCAUCAUCUUUGUCUGGAUCAGAUAUAAUUAGAGUUGGUAGAUGAU